AUAAAGAAGAUAGUUAGCCUUCAAAGCAAAUAGAAGAAAGUUAAAAGUUAAUUCUCUACAAAGAAUUUCUGAUAGGUUUGUGAAUAUAAAUUCAUCACUAAAAAAAAUUAAGUUUAUUUUUAAUAGAUAAAUUAAUUGCAACAAAAAUCAUUAGCAUUUUAAUUUAUUAAUGGGCGUAUAAUUUGAAUAACCCUCUAAUUUACCAACAAUGAUCAAGAAUUUUUGCUUAUAGUUUACUAAAAUAUAUUGUGCUUUUUUAGUAGUCAUCAUCAUUUCUAUAGGAUAAAUGGCUUUGAUGGAAAUGCAGAUAAAAGACCCUCUAUAACGUCCUCAUCAAAUAAAAUACACUGAUUAUACAGAUAUUUUAAACUAUCCUACUUAAGAGUACAAUAUAACUACUGAAGAUGGUUAUAUCAUUAAUAUUAUAAGAAUACAAGCUAAAAAUACUACCAUUUAAGAGCAUGGAAAGCCUCCUGUUUUGAUGUAUUUCGGUCUUAAUUGUGCUAUUGAGGUUUUCAGUAUGAAUAAUGAAGAAUAAUCUCCUACUUUUUUUGUUGCUAAUCAAGGCUAUGAUGUUUGGAUGAUCGCUAAUAGAGGCACAUUAUACUCAAGUGGACACGUUAACUUAACAUAAAAUGACCCAGAAUACUGGUAAUUUUCAUGGUAGGAAAUGGCAGAAUAUGAUUUCAGGAGUGCAUUCGAUUUUAUUUAUGAAAAAGUAGGCAGAAAAAAAAUAUCUACCAUAGGAUUUUCUUAAGGCACAACUAUAUUAUUAGCUGCUUUAGCUGAUUAUCCAAAUUAUUAAUAGAAAAUAACACAAAUGAUUUUAAUGGGCCCAACUGCUAACAUAAUAAAUUAGAAUUCACCUGCUUUCACCUUAGGUAUAAACAUUGGAGGUGCUCCUUUGCUAAAGAAAUUGGGCAUAAACAAGCUUGUAGAUGAAUAUAAAUUGCUUUAUUAUGGCACAAAAUAUCUUUCUACUUUUGCUCACUUUGUUUUGAGUUAAAUAACUGAUUCUGACGUUACAGUUUUGAACUAAGAAAGAUUCUAGUACUUUAUGGCAACAUAUCCAGGAGGCACUUCAGUGUAAGUUUAUGACCAUUGGUAAUAAUUAGCCAGUGAAACAGAUUAAUUUAGAAAAUAUGACUAUAGAAACGUCACUAAAAAUAUUAUAAAAUACGGCAGUGAGGUCCCUCCUACUUACAAUUUAUAAAAUAUUAAAGUGCCUACACAUUUGUUUGUUGGCAGAUAUGAUAGGUUGGGCAGUCCUGAAGAUGCACAAAUACUUUACGAAAGUCUUAAACUCUCCUCUGUAAAUGCAACUAUGUAAUUAUAUGAUGGAGGACAUCUCUACUUCGCUAUAGGACGCGAAACUCCUUUUCUUUAAAAGCUUUAAUAAAUGUUGAUUGACUAGCAUAAAGCUGAUGAUUGACAUUUAUUUAUUUAUACCAUACCCCGAAUUAUUAUUUAUUAUUGAUCUUAUCAAAACCAAAAUAGGUUUAUGAUUAUUUUCUCUUCAAAAAAGUUAAAUUAAUUUUAAAGUAUUUAAUUAGCAUUUUAUGUUCAUAAAAUUACAUUUAAAUAAUAAAUUAUUUUAGUUUUUAUCAAUUAAUCCUAUCAA